AUGAUCGUCACCACAUGUCACACUUGUAGCGAAAGCAAGACGCGCAAGAUGACAAGCUCAUGUAUUUCGACCGGUGCCAAAAAGCCACAAGUGAUUUUUGUGUUCAGCGGAAAAAGGAAGACGGGAAAAGAUUUUAUCACAGAUCUCCUGCGAAAUAGACUAAAAGAUGAGAGAUGUGCCAUUCUGAGGCUUUCAGGGCCUCUUAAGGAGCAGUAUGCAAAGGAUCGUGACUUGGACUUUCAAAAACUACUGGAUGCAUCAUCGUACAAGGAGAAAUAUCGUGCUGACAUGAUUGUCUGGGGAGAAGAAAAACGCAAACAAGAUCCUGGUUAUUUUUGUCGAUUGGCCACAAGUGGGAAGGGAUCCGAAAAACCAGUGUGGAUUAUCAGUGAUGCACGACGAAAAACAGAUGUUGAUUAUUUCCGAGAGCAUUAUCCCAAAGAAACAGUCACAGUUCGAAUCACUGCUGAUCUUGCUGUGAGAGAAAAAAGAGAUUUUGUUUUUACUGCUGGUAUUGAUGACGCGGAGUCCGAAUGUGGAUUAGAUGAAGGUGUGGAAUGGGAUGAGAUCAUAAAGAACAAUGGAGGACAAAGUGACUUGGAUCAACACUUAGACAAACUUGUUCAGAAAUGGUGUUCAUGAUAAAUAUUCCCUUUGAUAGGAACUAAUUUAUAAAUAUUAUUAACUCACCUAUGUGACGUAAGGAGAGGUAUUGUGGGACUGGGAAAAGUGUUAGUGUGUCCAGUUAAGCUUGCGUUUUUUUUUUUAAUCCCCUGUAUAAUGUUCUCUUAUACACUGAUAGAAGGUUAAAGUUUUUUUUUCUAUUUAUGUGCUGCUCUCUCUCUCACAUGAAUUGAAGAUUAAGCUUUUCUUAUCUCCCUAGUCUACGGUAUUGUAUGUAAAUGUCAUCUUCAGAUGGAAGUUUAAACUUUUUUUAGGUUUAACUCCUGUAUAUUGGGCUCUCCUACAUGGAUUGAAGAUUAUUUUUUUUUAGAUAGGGCCUACUGUUGGAAGGUUGAACUUUUUUUAUUUGUUUUGAUUUAGUAGCUUUGUGAAUGACUUUCAGUGUGAAAAUUUACACGUUAUAUGAACUCCACUUUGUUUUCUAUCUAAAAACCUUCCAUACCGGGCUACAGUUUCCAGUACACAGUGUUUCUGUGACUACUUUUUUCGAAAUUUCCCAAGUUUUAUCUAUAUGUUGUAAUCAAGAAGACUUUUAUGUAGGGCUACAUAUUUUGUGCACAGGCCUGCAGACAGGAAGGAGAACAAGAAAGGCCUUGAUAACCAGAUUCCACUGACAAUUUUACCAGAUUUGUCAUUGUUUUCAGCUUGCCUGUACAAAGAAAGGAGAGGUACUAUAAUAGCAUUCAAAGAAACACUUUCAGGUUAUUUUUUAAUAGCUAACAGUUGAGAAUGUGUGUGGUGCUUGCGACUUUACAUCAACCAUGUCAGCAUGGUAGGUAACUGCAUUCAGAUGUUACCUUUUCACCCAAGUAUUGAUAUAUUUCAUGUUCAUAGUUUCAUUAGGCAACUAUUGAUGCAGAUAAAUGUGGUCUUUUGUUUCUCUGUGGCGUACCCAUCUCAAAAUGGAAGGGGCUGGAAAAUAUGUGCACUUUACUAUGACCUCUAACCCUAAUAAUACGUACUCGAGCGAGUUUGUGCUCAAACUGACCACAAGAAGGUUUUUUUUUCAUAUCAUAGCUGAACAUUUUCUCAGGCAUUCACAGGGUUACAUUUGCCGAAUGCAGUUCGUGAUUUGCAUACAAAGACUAUUUACCACCAUGACGUUUUUUACCAAUGCAUCGAUUUACAGCCCUUAAACAUACGUCACUACUCUGCAAUCUUUAUGUAUACAUUAAACAGUCGCAUGUAAUUUUGUCAUAAUUUUGGCUUUUCUUGUUGAUUUUAUGGCAAGAUUUUAGUGCUAAUUAGAGAAUAACAUUUGUGUAUGUCAUUACCAUUCAACUUCAUUUGGGUUUAGAGAAAAGUAUUUAAAUGUACAUGUACCUCACGUGAGCAUUAUGAAGUUUUAUGAACUGGUCAAUCAGGCGAGCUAUACCACUGUUCUUUUAUGACAGAGUUGUGAUGAAGUUAAAGAUGCCAUGCUCACUUUGUAAAAUAUGUUGUUAAAUUGGAUGAGAUAAAAACACUGUAUGGGACCCAUGUCAAUAAAACGAUAUUGGCACAUAUAUG